GGUGUCUGUGUAAAUGAAUUGGAGAGAAGGUGACUAAUUAAAAAAAUUACUGAUUUUACUAUCCAAUUUUAACAUUAUGCACUUAUGGCAGGAGUUAUCUUAUUUAAAAAGUGUGUUUGUGUGUGUGUGUGUGUGUGUGUAUGUGUGUGUGUGUGUGUCAGUCUGUCUGUGCCGUGACUUCCUGUCUGUCAUUUUAAGGCUUUGUACCUAAACAAGUUUGUAGUGCAGGUUUGAAAGUAGUAUUUUUGCCAUGCAAGUGAUGUCAUACUACAAUGCAACACAGAUAAUGUAUUUAUUUUCAUGUACAUAUGUGAGUGUGUGUGUAUAUAUGAUUAAUGUACAUUUGAACAGAAUAGUGAUGAAACCAUACUGUAGAAACUUGUAUAACUUUCAUAAUAAACUUGUGUUCUUAUUUAUGAAUGAUUUGCUACAAUUGUUCAUUUUUUAGGCAGUAGUCAGUCUCUUCCUGUUUCCUGAUACUUGAAAAUUGACAGCAUGUUGUAACACGAAAUGAAAAGUGCCUCUUGUCUAACCCGCCUAUUUCCUGAAGUUGUUUGUAUUUUAUCUGAGCUGGUAUUUUUCACGUUGCCUUCUGUGCUUUUUACAACUUUUAUCCAAAAAAAAAAUGGUUGAACGGAUGUAUUACUUUUUAAAGAAUGGAUUACUGUGAAGAUGAGGAAUGUAGUUACAGUUGUUGGUACACAAUAUCAGAUUUCUCACUGUAAGUAAGUUGCUAAAAUUUCUUUGCCUCUUCAAGGAAUAUUGUAAAUAAACAGGUUCUGUGACUAGUGGUGUCACAACAUAAAAUAUUAUAAGAACCAGUCCUGCUAAUGUCCAAUAGCAUUUAUGUAUUUUAUCUCUUUUUGGUUAAAAUAAAAAAAAACUAAAUAAAUCAAGCCUGCUUGUCACGCGAGGAACCUGUUUCAGGAAGUCCUUUAGCUGACAUGUUAGAAGUAGAAAAGCGUGCUCACAUCCUCCGUAUUAGAGAUUUCAGACCAGGAUUUUUCACAAACUCUUUAAUGAACUAAGUUAUUAAUUAACUUUAAGCAUCAUUCAGGUGAAGGUACACGUGUGGUCUAAGGCUUGCAAAUGAGCAGUGCUUGCAUUUGGUAUUUUUUACUGUGACUUUCAGGGUACAGCAUUUUUAGUAAUACAAUUAGCAUUACUGUUUACAGAAAAGCAGUAACAAAGCAAUUUGCUAACAAAUUUGAUGUUACUUGUUCUGGGCCACUGUGCCUGCAAAUAUUUUUAAAAGACUUCUAAAAAGUGUGAAUUCUGGAAGAUUAUCUGAUUGUACUGUAACUAAUUGUAAUUUGUAUGAGGAAGCUGGGAAAUUUCCUAAUUGCUGUCUGUUGGCAUUUCUGAAUAUAGUGGCCAUCUAAUUGAGUGAUGCGUCUGUCUGUUCGACGGGGAUUCAUACUGCUAUUGUGUCUGUUUGGAGUGUAUGCUGCUGUGAAAGCACUGUACCAUAUGCUUAUGUGCCAGAGUGGAUAUCCUCAUAGCGUAGGAGUGUCAAUACUAGUUAAGGGCAGCAAUCAGACCCUAUACCACUACAACCAGGACUCACCAAUGGUAUUUGUUGGUGGGGUACCUCGCUCAGGCACCACGCUGAUGCGUGCCAUGCUUGAUGCCCAUCCUAAUAUCCGCUGUGGUGAGGAGACCCGAGUGAUCCCCCGGCUUCUGGCUCUGCGCCAUGGCUGGAGGAGGUCAGCAGAAGACCGCUGGGCACUGGAUGAAGAGGAGAUCAGCCAGGACAUGCUGGACUCAGCCACAGCUGCAUUCUUGCUCGAGGUUAUUGCUCGUCAUGGUGAGCCUGCACCACUGCUCUGCAAUAAGGACCCGUUUACGCUGAAGAGCUCCAUCUACCUCUCUAAAUUAUUUCCCAACUCAAAGUUUCUUCUUAUGGUACGUGAUGGUCGGGCCUCUGUGCACUCUAUGAUCUCGAGACAAGUCACAAUUGCUGGUUUUGACCUUUCCAGCUACAGGGACUGCCUUAGCAAGUGGAGCCAAGCAAUAGAGGUCAUGUUAUUUCAGUGCACAGUGGUAGGUUCUACACGCUGUCUGACCAUUCGCUAUGAAAAUUUGGUCCUGCAGCCACGCACCACUAUGGUGAGAGUGCUGGAGUUCCUGAAAGUACCAUGGCAUGAGGGGGUACUUCACCAUGAGGAAGCUAUUGGGCAGCCUGGAGGAGUUUCUUUAUCUCGAAUCGAGCGGUCCACUGACCAGGUCAUCAAACCAGUUAACCUAGAGGCACUCACUCGCUGGGUAGGCCACAUUCCAGCUGAUGUUCUCAAAGAUAUGGAGAAUAUUGCUCCAAUGCUUAACAAGCUGGGCUAUGACCCUACUGCCAAUCCCCCACAAUAUGGCCAACCAGAUCCUGAAGUGAUUCAUAAUACAGAAAGGGUGCUCAAAGGAGAUUUUAAGCCUCCAGCAAGUUUGAAAAGACCAUCACAAGUAUGACAUAGAAGUUUCUGUAUAUAUCUGGUCCUUUUGUAUAUUUUUAAUUAAGUGUAUGUUAAAACAUGUUCCAGCAUGAAAAUGCCCCGUGUACAAAUUUUACACAAUUGUAUUGUCAUUCUUGACAAAUAUAGAAUUUUUUUUUAUUAAAGUUGCAACAAAGGGAUAAAAGCCCUGUUUCCUGUAUGUUUGUGUUUUAAAACAUUAAACAUUCUUUCCAUUUUAAACCAGUGGCUUUAAU